AUGGUGAAAGAAGAUCGUUCAACAUGGAAAGCCAAGUAUGUAAUGCGUCUAACGCAAUAUUUGGAUGAAUACCCGAAAGUACUCGUGGUUGGUGCUGAUAAUGUUGGUUCAUGUCAAAUGCAAAAGAUUCGUGUAUCUCUUCGUGGUCAUGCUGUUAUUCUAAUGGGAAGAAAUACAAUGAUGCGUAAAGCAAUCCGAGAACAAGCAUCGAAAAAUUCCAGUUUAGAAAAAUUGUUAGCGGAUGUACAUGAGAAUGUUGGUUUUGUUUUUACGAAAGACGAUAUAAGUUCAAUUCGAGACAAACUUUUAGAAAAUAAGGUUGCUGCUCCAGCUCGUGCCGGUGCUAUUGCACCUGUUGAUGUCACUAUUCCAGCACAAGUAACAAGUUUAGGUCCAGAAAGAACAAGUUUUUUUCAAGCACUUCAAAUUCCAACAAAAAUUACACGUGGUACAAUUGAAAUCAUUAAUGAUGUUCAUUUAAUUAAAAUUGGUGAAAAAGUUGGUGCUAGUGAAGCUGCAUUACUUAAUAUGUUGAAGAUUUCCCCGUUUAGUUAUGGUCUUAUAAUUCGUCAAGUUUAUGAUUCAGGUCCAUGCUUUGAACCAGCCAUACUUGACAUGAAACCAGUCAUACUUGACACAAAGCCAGCCAUACUCGGCAUACAACCAGCUGCACCAGAAUGCGAUGAUGAUGAUAUGGGCGAUCUUGAUAUAUUUGGUUAA